AUGAGGAUGAGACGCAGCUCCGUCGUGCUGUCGCUCACGCUCCUCUUCUUGGUGCUUGGCGGGGUAAAGCUCGGCAAGUCCGCACCGAAUGCCUACUGCUGGGGUGAAAAUGCCAACAUGGGACUGGCGACCAACGAUACCAACAACAAGGAUGUCCCCACGCAGGGCCUCGGUCUCGUCGGGUUGGGCAGCCUCUCGUCCAUCUCAGCCGGCUACGUCAGCUGCUGGGGCAAAGGGGCUGCGUCGUCGCGCCCGUUCACCACCGUGUCCUGCGGAGAAUCCGUGACCUGUGCCAUUGACACCAUCAAUAGCUUUGGGCAACUGGGCGUGGGCACGGGGUUCACUCAGUCCGCGACCGAGAGGAACGUCACCACCCUGUCCGGGGUGACAUUCGUGUCGGCCGGCUAUCUCUAUACGUGCGCCGUGGCCGGCGGGGUGGCCUACUGCUGGGGCUUGAACGCGCAGGGACAACUGGGCAUAGGGAACUUGAACAACGCAUCGCUGCCAGCUCCGGUGGCGCUUCCCACUAACGUCACCGUGAGCGUGAUUGCCACGGGACUGGAUCACGCCUGUGCCCUCACCACCGGAUAUGACCUUUACUGCUGGGGCAACAACAUCCGCGGCGCCCUGGGUGUCGGUACGACGGCGACCGGCUCUGUCAGCUCGCCCCAAAAGGUGGACGGCUCUUAUAUCGCCGUAGCCGCUGGGCAGGAGGUCACCUGCGCCGUCUCCCUACCGGCGAGGGAUGUGUACUGUUGGGGCUACGCCCAAAACGGCAUCCUGGGCGACGGUUCCAUCUCGGGCAACCAAAGCACGCCCGUCAAAGUGGCGGCCCUCGCCGGUCAGUACGUGGCCGUCGCUGCGGGCUACACGGCGGCAUUCGCCGUCGGAACAGAUGGCCAGACCAUGUCCUGGGGAAGAGCCAAUUCUGGACAGCUGGGCCGCGGAAGCCUGGCGGCUGGCUCCAUCCACACGCCGGCACCAGUGUCGGGCGGCACCACCUUCGGCGCGGGCCUGUCGAUCGAGUCGUUCGGCAGCUUCGCGUGCGCUCUGGCCACGGCCGUGCCCUCGGCCACGCCGUCGCCCACGCCCUCUCGGUCGCCCACGCGAUCGCCGUCGCCCUCGUCGUCGCCCACGCGCUCGCCGUCGCCCUCGUCAUCGCUCACGCCCUCGCCGUCGCCGACCCAGUCGCCCUCGCCCAGCCCAUCGGCGGUGCCCGUGCCCUCCGCCCUGGUGCAGGCCGAUUUCGACCUCAACGUGCCUACUGUGGCCAUCAGCCAAUCGGGCGGCGAAUCACGACCCACAGCGCAGCGGAUCAACCUCAACCUGGUGAGCCUGGAGGAGACCACGCCCGACGGCAGCACCGUGCUUCAGACAGUCGAUCUGCAGACCGUGGGGUGGACGGUGGAGGAGAAGAACAGCUCCAUGAGCGGUGAGGGGGUCACCCAAUAUGUCUUCACCAGCCAGCUGAGCACCGCGACCGGCGGCACCAACAACGCCACACUUCAGUACCUGUUCAACACCUACGACUCGGAGCAGCUCAUCACCACCGGGAGCAACUACUCAUUCACAGUAACGCCAUCGUUGCUCAAGUUCUCCCUCAACAUCUCCUCAUGGCGAUGGAACUCGACGCUGGGCAAGUUGCGGCUGACGUUGAAGAUCGUCCCCUCGUUUGCACGCUUCACCCGCUGGGAUGACGCGCCGCAGGCCGGCAUGACCACGUUCCUCUUCGUCAGCGCCCAGGCAGAACAGGCCAGCACGCUGAUGCGCCUCCUCAACUUUGGCGAGGCCUCGGGUGGCGCCGGAGGCGAAGUAUCGCGCGUGGCCAUGGCCGCUUCGGCCCAGGUCAACACCUCGUCACUGUCGCUCACCUUCGAUCACUUUACCGACACCAUGCUCUUCGACCCUGAUAUUGGACUGUUGCUGGGCCGCAAGGAGGAUGGCUCAGGAAGCGGAGGAGGUGACAACCUGGGGCUCAUCAUCGGCGUGUCGGUGGCGGUGCCGGUGGCUGUCGUGUUCGUUGUGGUCGCCAUUGUAGUGGCCCUGGUCAUCAUCCGCAUCAAGCUCAAGGCCGGCCUUCACACCAGCAGCGGGGUGGUGAGCUUCCACAAUGACAACGCCGAUGACCUCCUCUAA